CAGGCUGCCAGGGCACCGCCCCAGUUUCCUUGCUGAGGUGUUGCGGGCUCGAAGGACAGCACAUAGAUUUCGCACACCUACCCGUCACCCAGUAGGAAAACAGAAGAUUUUAAACUCAUCGAGUUAAACGGGCCAUAAAACGGCGGAAAACCCUUUUUCCUUGGUGUGUGAAUGGAUGAGUAGAGCUCGUGAAAACACCAGUCUCCGUUACUUCAAACCUAAGCAACCAACACGACACACGAACUCAACCGUAUCCGAUCCUCCUCAAACCCUAGUUGUGGUGGCCGAUUCCAUUAUUCGCUUGUAUCGUCGGAGAAGUCGAAGUCCUUCGCCGGCCGGCAAUUACGCAACCCUUGGCCAGUAAUGUCGCCGGCGGCGUUCGUUUUGUGAUGCCCGGUUACAUUUUUUCGUUCUAAAAACCCUAGUACUAGCCCUAACUCGUGGAUUUUUUCUGUUACAGGUUUUGAUUUCGCGCGUUUGUUGGAAAUGCAAGAGAGUUCGAGGAUGGGCUGUGAUAAUGGGAGUGAGGGAGGUAUCGGGAGCGCAUUUGCUUCGCCGGCAGUGUCUCGGGGUGCUGUGGAGAAGGCGGGAAUGGGGAGGUCGAGGCCGAGGCUUGUGAAGGUAAGGAAACCGUUGAAUUCUCAUAAUGGGGGGUUGGGGCCAGGGUCGGUGUCAGGGUCGAAUCCGAUCGAUUCGGGCUUUAAUCCAUUUCAGUCAGGUUUGGAGAUCUCGGAUAGGGUGAAGAAGAGUGUUAAUACAUCGAAUGGGUUCAGUGAUUUAAUUGGUAAUAACAAGUUUGAAAAUGUCGGUUUUGGGUUUAGUGGGAAGGGGGGUGAUUGGAUGUCGAAUUCUCAUUUGAGCGAAUUUGGUGGAAGCGUGGGAAUCUUGGGCUGUAAAAAUUUUGUGAAGUUUGAGAAUUUGGGGUUUGUAUUUGGUGCUAAUGAGUGUGAUUUAGGGCGGAAUAUGGGUUCGGAAAAGAGAGGACUCGCUGAAAGUGUGGGACAAAUGGGUGCUAAUGACACAGGGAAGAUGAACAUGGAGUGUGGAGAAAAUGUUGGGAAAUUUGAGAAUAAGGGUUUUGUGUUUGGUGGCAAGAGAGAUUUGGGCUUGAAUUUGAACCUGGGGCACGGAGAGUCUAAUGAAAAUUUUAAGAAACCAGGUUCGGAUGAUAAGGGAAAGACUAAGAUUGAGCAAGAAGCAGGGUUGAGAAAGUUUGGUAAUGUAGAUUUUGUGUUUGGUGCUCACCAUAGUGGUUUGGCAUCAAAUUCAGAUUCAGAAAAGAGAGGAAAUAUGGGAACCUUGAAUUUAGAUGAUAUUAGCAAAAUGAAAAUGCCGACUGAAUUAGAGUGUGGGAAGUAUGCUGAGGUGGGUUUUGUGUUUGGUGCAAAUAGGUGUGAUAUGGCAAAAAAUUCAAAUUCUGAGAAUGCAGAAUUCAGUGAAAAUGGGGGAAAAUUAGUUCCUGAUGAGACCACUACAAAAAUAAAGAGUGAUCAAUCAGAGCAUGGGAAGAAUGAUAAUUUGGGAUUUGUGCAUAGUGGUUCUGCCUCAAAUUCAAACGUGGAAAAGAAGUCCACGGAGAAUUCAGGAACAGAAAUUUCUGAUAACCUGGAGAGAAUGAAUGUUCAGAUUGAAACAGAUUUUAUGAACAUGAAGGCUACUACUGUUAACCUUGACAGCAUUGUAAAUGGGAGUUUGAAUUUGGAGGGGGAUUACAAGAAUGGUGUCUUUAUAUUUGGAAGUAGAAGUAAGAAGAGUGCAGCUUUUGAUCAAAACACCGCAAUUAAUGGUGACUUCAAUUUUGCAUUUGGAAGUCGUAGCAAUACAGCUGCUUCUGGGACCAUUCCGGUAUUCAAACUCCCAGACGAGUUGAAGAAAUUGAACAUUAAUGAUUUUAAGGAUGUUGAUGGUGCUGAUAAGACUAGAGAUUCUAAUGUAUGCUCAUCUGCUAAUGCUGAGAAAACUUUUGUCUUUGGGAAUUGUAAACAAUCUUUUGGUUUUCCCACUGAAAGAGCAGCAACUACCUCUCAUGAUUGGAUCAGGAAUGCAAAAAUGGAUGCGCAUGGGAGUGAUGAUACGGUUGGAAAGACCAAUGGAACCGAUGUCAAAACUAGUGAUGAUGAGAACUUUGUAUUUGGAAGUAGUGAAAACACUGUCAGUUCUUCUGGUGGUGACAAAAGCAGGAAUCCAAACACGGGAAGUGGGUUGGGAGAUUCUAAUGAACAAGCAAAUCUAUGGUCUUCUUCUUUUGGAAAUUUUGGGAAUGAGAAGCAAUCAGUAAAUAUAGAUGAUAUGAGGUUUGUAGAUCCUCCUGCUGCUGCUGCUGUCUCUAGCUCAUCAUCGCUCAAGAGUUCUGAAGUUAGCCACAUUCUUCAAGGUCAUGCAAAGACUGAUAUCAAACUGAAUGGAGCUGCUGCACCAUCUUCAUUCUCUCCUAUUGGCCUUGGUUUCCAACCAUGUAAUAGUGUUUCCAAGGCAUCUUCUACAAACAAGUUUGAUUUUGUAUUUCCACCAGAUGGGGAGCCAUUUACAGACUUCAAAACACCAAAAUGGGAUGCUUCUUGUUCUUUUACUGCAGAACUGCUUCCUGGGCUAAACAAAAAAUUGGAAUUCAGUGCCAAGAGUAGAUCAGUCAAAGACAAGGGGUCAAAAAAAACUAGGGGAAGGCAUCCUGUUGUGGCUAAGCCAUGCCUGCAGACAGAUUUUGUGCAAAAGGAAAACAGUUCCCAAGAAAACCCAGAUUCCCCUGGGCUUUAUUCACCCAUGGAUUUUUCUCCAUAUCUAGAAACUGUUGCAACUGAUCCAUGUUCAAGAGAAACUUCUUUGAUAUCAAAUGAUUCCUCCCAGCAGGAAAGUAAUUGUGCACCCUCUUCUGCACAUUCAAUAUCUCCUAAUGAUGCAAAAGCUGAUCUGGCUGCGUCAAGGGAAGGUUUGGAUAUCAAGGAAGGUCAAGAAAUAUGUAGAGAACCAAAUGAACAAAGUUCUGAAUACCAUAUUGAAAUGGGUAUUGAUGAACUAAACUAUGGUGCUAGAGCUGAAUGCUACCAUCCUGAAACCAACCAGGAAUGCAGUAGCAGUGGUGCUGGUGUUGCCAGUGUUGCUUCAGUAGAAGCUGGAGCUGGUUUCGGCUCAAACAUGGAGAAACAAGAAAGCAAUAAUAGAGUCCAAUAUUGUUUUGCUUCAGGUUUUGAAGAUAUGAGUGAGAAAAAAUUUACCUUUUCUGCAUUAUCUUCUGCACACUGUAGUAUAUCGGCAAAGCGUCAAUCCAGAAAGAAAAAUAGGACGAAAGUUGGUCAUAAUUCAUUUGUUAUCACUCCAAGUCCAGAUGUCAACCUUGGAUCUUCUUCUGUCCAAUUUUUCCCUCUUUCUAGCACUCCAUCAUCUGUUGGCAUAGUGGAGGAUAAGAAAGGAAAUAUAUCUAUUUCUCAAAACAAAUGGGAGAAUAGAUCUGAACAAGAUGAAGAACAGGUGAAACAGAGGUCAACCACAGUUUCUGCUGCACUUCAGGAAGCAUGCGAAAAGUGGCGACUCAGGGGAAACAAAGCUUAUAAAAAUGGGGAUCUAUCUAAAGCUGAGGAUUUCUACACACAGGGGGUGGACUCUGUCCCUCCUAGUGAGAUAUCUGGAUGCUGUCUCAAGCCACUUGUGCUGUGCUAUAGCAACCGCGCAGCAACACGGAUAUCUCUUGGAAAGAUAAGGCAAGCCAUUGCAGAUUGCAUGAUGGCAGCUGUGCUAGAUCCCAACUUUCUCAAGGUUCAGAUGAGGGCUGGAAAUUGUCAUCUUGUGCUGGGGGAAGUUGAAGAUGCACUACAAUAUUUCAGCAAGUGUUUAGAAUCAGGGAGAAUCGUGUGUUUGGAUCGUAGGCUCAUGAUAGAGGCUUCUGAUAACCUACUAAAGGCUCAGAAAGUAGCUGAGUGUAUGAAACAAUCUGCUGAACUUUUAAAACAGAGGACAACUGAUGCAGCUGUUACUGCUUUAGAAAAAAUUGCUGAGGGCUUGUCAAUAAGUUCGUAUUCAGAAAAGUUACUUGAAAUGAAAGCAGAGGCUCUCUUUAUGUUGCGGAAGUAUGAAGAGGUGAUUCAGCUAUGUGAGCAGACUCUUGGUUUUGCUGAGAAGAAUUUUGCUUUGGCUGGCAAUGAUGAACAACUGGAAAAUACGAAUGGUUUUAAAUGCAAAAGGAGAUCAUUUGUAAGGUUAUGGAGGUCGCGCCUGAUAUCUAAGUCUUACUUCCAUAUGGGAAGGCUCGAGGUUGCUCUAGAUUUACUUGAGAAGCAAGAGUAUGCAAGUGAGACUGUGGAAUCAUCAAUUCCAUUAGCUGCCACGAUACGUGAACUUUUACAGAUCAAGAGAGCUGGAAAUGAAGCAUUUCAAUCAGGAAGGUAUACAGAAGCAGUAGAGCAUUAUACCUCUGCCUUGUCAAUUAAUGUUGAAUCGCGUCCUUUUGCGGCAAUUUGUCUGUGCAAUCGUGCUGCUGCACAUCAGGCUUUGGGCCAAAUUGCUGAUGCCAUUGCAGAUUGUAGUCUAGCCAUAGCUCUUGAUGGAAGUUACUCAAAGGCAGUUUCUAGAAGAGCCACCUUACAUGAGAGGAUCAGAGACUACAGACAAGCAGCUAGGGACCUCCAGAGACUUAUACCUGUUCUUGAAAAGCAAUCACAUGAAAAGAUCAAACUAUCUGGCACACCAGGUCGAUCCAGUGGCAAUGCAAAAGAGAUUAAACAAGCUCAUCGACGUUUGUCAUCAAUGGAAGAAAAAGCCAAAAAUGGAAUUCCAUUGGAUCUUUAUCUCAUUCUGGGAAUUAAACCAUCUGAGACAGCAGCUGAUAUCAAGAAGGCAUACCGGAAAGCUGCACUUAGACAUCAUCCAGACAAGGCCGGUCAAUUUCUAGCAAGAAGUGAGGGUGGAGAUGAUGGGCAACUUUGGAAGGAAAUUGCUGAAGAAGUUCACAAGGAUGCCGACAGGCUCUUUAAAAUGAUUGGAGAAGCAUAUGCAGUACUUUCAGAUCCCACCAAGCGCUCAGAGUAUGAUCUUGAAGAAGAAAUAAGGAACUCUCGAAGGGAAACCAGCCUUAGUGGCACCUCAAGAAGUUCGUCAGAUGCACAGAGUUAUUCAUUUGAGAGGAAUACCAAUGGGCGAUACUGGCAGGAGACAUGGAAAACAUAUGGGAACUCUUACUCUCGAUGGUAGAAAGCAUCUAGAAGAAAACAAAUGCAUUAUUGAAUUAACUGUGCGAGGUAUCGAAUUGAUGAAGUCUUGGAUCAGCUGAUAUACAACCAAAUUUCAUGAUGGAUAAAUUGGAUACGAGUGGCUUUGGACCAAUUGGGUUAUAAGCAGCUCCACUCAGACGGAUACAAUAUGAAGUAAUGGUGAUUGCUGGCUUGUCUGAGAAAAUAAUUGCUUCUUGCGGGAAUUGAAGAUAUUGAGCUCAAGAGAUAAGAGUAAAAAGAAUUUUUUGUGCGCGUGGGAGAGCGAGGGUUUGCUGGCGUGCACAUUACAUCUAAAGAAAAGGAAGAAACAAAAUAAAAUGAAAUAAUCACCGAAACAAGAAAGAAAGAGAGAAUUGUUGACACAAUUUGUAAUGUUAUCUUUGUAUUUGGUCCGAGUGAUGUAGAUACUAUUUAUGAAAGCAAUAGAUGUUCUUGUUCUUGCA